AUGACUCUCACAUGAAAGAAACAAGCUAGCAAAGGAGAUUAAACUGUAACGUUCGUGCUCGCUGACCCCCGUCCAAACGGAAUGAACUGCAUGCAAAUUUCUUGCUGUUGUACAUAUUUCUUUACAUGGCGUGCAGUUAAGGAGAGACAUGUCGUUGACAGCAGCUAAAACCCCGAAAAAGACAGCCCUGCCAGCAGUAAUUCAGGUGUGACAACGACAGACGGUAGAAGGAGGUCCAGCUUCAGAGCUGCUUGUGUGGUCAUCUGUGUGUGUUUUUAUGUUAAUGAGUGAGUGGAAUAGCAGCUGAGGGUUGUAACGUGAUGCCAAGAUGCUGCUGUCCCUGGGAAUGCUAAUGUUGUCGGCCACGCAGAUUUACACCAUCUUCACCGUUCAGCUCUUCGCCUUCCUCAACCUGCUACCUGUAGAGGCUGACAUAGCUGCUUACUCAUUUGACAACAAAACUGAAAACUUUGACGAUCUGCCUGCACGGUUUGGCUUCCGGCUCCCCAGCGAUGGAUUAAAGGCCUUUCUGAUUGGUGCUCGACCAGAAAAUGCGUGCGAGCCAAUUGAACCACCUCCACGGGACAACUUGACAGGCGCUUUCGUCGUCCUCAUCAAGCGAUUUGACUGCAACUUUGACAUCAAGGUCCUCAAUGCCCAGAAAGCCGGGUACAAGGCAGCGAUUGUUCACAAUGUGGACUCUGAUGACUUAAUCAGCAUGGGAUCCAACGAUUUGGAUGUUGUGAAGCAGAUCGUCAUUCCCUCUGUGUUUGUGAGCGAGGAGACAGCCAACACUCUGAAAGAUGACUACAUGUUUGAUAAAGGGGGGCACGUGGUCCUCAUCCCAGACUUCAGCCUGCCACUGGAAUACUACCUGAUCCCUUUCCUCAUCAUUGUGGGGAUCUGCCUCAUCCUCAUUGUUGUUUUUAUGAUUACUAAGUUUGUGCAGGAUCGACAUAGGGCUCGGAGGAGCCGCCUGCGCAAAGAUCAACUAAAGAAACUUCCCAUCCACAAGUACAAGAAAGGGGACAACUAUGAUGUUUGUGCCAUCUGCCUGGAUGAAUAUGAAGAAGGAGACAAACUCAGAGUCCUGCCAUGUUCUCAUGCUUACCACAGCAAGUGUGUGGACCCCUGGCUGACCAAAACUAAAAAGACCUGUCCGGUGUGCAAGCAGAAGGUGGUCCCAUCCCAGGGCGACUCAGACUCCGAUUCAGAGGAGGGGGACAGCGGCCCAGAUGAGAACGAGGAGGUAUCUGAGAGCACUCCGUUGCUUCGCUCCUUGGCUUCAACCAGCGCUCACUCCUUCGGCACCAUGUCAGGAGCCUCUCGCUCAGAGCAAGACCCAGAUUCCUCAGAGUAUGACGAUGACGAGUUGGACAGCAGCGACAGCGAGGAGGAGGUUACCGUGGAGACUGUGGUGGUGCAGAUGCAGAAGCCAUGCUCCAGUGGACCAGACCACGAACACGACCUGCCUCGAGCUUGACUGACCAAUGCCGUGUUCUCCCGAACCCUCACAGCAGCAGAGACUUUUGUUGGGGGGCGGGUCACAAAUAGAUUCAUCAUCAGUUCUCCUGUCACCGCUUACAUUGUAAUCCUCUCAAAAAGUUCAAAUACACGUUUUUACUUGGUAAGUGUGACAGGAAGUCAGUGUUCUCAGAAGAGCUGAUGUGUACAGUAGACUGUUAUACUGUACUCUGGUCAUAAAAGUGGAGAGGGUCUGGAGUUUUCAGACACAAUCACACACUCAGUAUAAAUACUGUCUAUGUAUUAAAUCACUUUAAGUAGCAUCUUAACGUUUGAUCACCCUCUAUCUUCAUACAUGUUCAUGCUGUAUGACAACCUGAACCACUAUGCAGCACCUGUUUUAAAAAUUUUCAGCAAGCCCAACAUUUAAAGCCACAGCUAAAUUGUUAUGCCAACUUAUAUUUAACCUGUUUGAAAGAGACUAUGUGCUCUUGUGUUUUGUGCCACAGUUUGUUAGUGAUUCACAUGUCAAACUGAAGACAAACUGGUCAGUGGUUCAUUAAGAAAAAUGUAUUCUGAGGCAUCACAAAGCGGUGGGUUAUGCUAGUUCCAUACUGCCUGUGGUGAACUUCUUUUGGCUGCUCCCAACUUUUUGGUUGAUCGACCAUGUCAUGCACAUUUAAUGGAUGUCAUUUUAAUACUGCUUAUUAGGACAUUUUUGUAAUAAAAUAGCUUAACUUCUGUUGACAGAUCCUGUUGCCUUUUAAAUUGAGGUAUUUGUCCUUUUUUCUUGCUCAUGCCUGUAUUCAAACAUUUCAAUAAAAAUGUCACUUUACGUAACUUUUCACCAAUUUGUUUAAAUUUGGGGAAUCGUCCCAUCACUUCAAGCCAGCAAUUCCACAUUUACUUGAAUGUAAACAUGCAUUUUUUCUGCAGUUAUCUUGUAAUAUCUAAGAUCAGGCCAUUUACUGAUGACCAUGUGAUGAAUGACAAACAAAUGCCCCUUGUGUCUUCUUGUGUCUCAAAAAAAAAAACGAUUACUUUUGUUGGCCAUACUCCAGAUUAAACAUGUGGUCUAUGUGCUUGAGAACAGCCCUUUUAAUUGACCCAGGAGUAAGACAAUUUCAAAGUAAGAUGAUCUCAAUCCUCCUCUUUACUAGCAGCGAGUACAAGUGGAGCACAAAACAUGACCUACUGGCUUGAAAUCUAAAACUCAGUUUGAUAUUAAAGUCAGACUAAGAAAAGGUUUGGCAAUAUUGGUUAAAAUAUCAGAUUUGGAACUUUGUUACUACCUUGAAAAACACCACAUGACCAAACAUUUGCCUUUCAGGUAGUGAAGCCAACAAUUACCCCAGAUGUUAAGCCUACAAGUGAAUGUCUCAUACUACCCCAUCAAAUCCCUCAAAGCACAUUUCCCAAAAUGAAGCCAUUCCAGAAAAUAAAAGUACUCAACUAAAGAAUUGACAGUAUACACUUGUCUGGUUGGAAUAAAUUUAUUUGAUCUGUCUGUAAACAAGGUGAUAAAUCAAUUUAUGGCAUUCUUGGUUUAUGCAUAUGAAAUCAGAUGCAUUAAAAGACUGUAUCCCAGAUGCAACAAAGGGG